UGACGUUGGGGAUCGAAUGAAUCAGUAGUAAAGGCGUAAUGGUAUCCAAGCGGUAUUGCGAACUUCUGAUUACGUAAAUAAUGCCUUCGUACUGACGGUUUAUAUCAAGUUUCAAGUUCUAUAUCCAUGAGGCGAAAAUGGGACACUCGUGCAGUCGAUGGCGUUGCUUUUGUUUGCUGAUUCUUGGAAGUUGGUUCGUUAUAUUCAUCCUCACGGACGAGCCAUUCGGCCUAUCACUGCCAAUAGAGUGUAAAAGACUUGAUACUGAAUUAUUUUUGGAUCUCGAGGGAGAGAUGGAUGGCGUCAACGACAGAGCCGAAGUUUUAAGGGACUAUGCAUUGAAGUGCUUCCCGACAGACUGGACAGUGAUGCUGUAUAAAGAUGGCACAUCUUCGUCUGAAAUGGACUUUAAGCAGGGUUUUGGAUUCUUUGAAUUUCUAAGCGAAAUCGUCAAUCAGGAUCAAGCGACACAAGCCUCGAUAAAAGCUAAGUUAGACGUGUUACAGUUUCAACACAAAUGCGCAAUUAUAGGAAACAGUGGUAUCUUGGUAAACAGCAGCUGUGGUAACGAAAUCGACAACAAUUAUGAUUACGUCAUCCGGUCAAAUAUUGCUCCAAUCAGAAACUUCGAAAGAGAUGUUGGCACGAAAACUAAUCUGACAGUACUGAAUUACAGUAUAACAAAUACGCUAUAUUUAGUUUUCUCCAGUUCUGGUCAAACAAAGGAGAAGGCCAUAUUCAUGGAACGCUUACGUUGGUUAAAUGAUUCCGUUUUAUGGUAUCACAAAGGCGCAAGAACACGUUUUUGGGCGAAAAGAAAGCUGAGAUAUUUAGCGAAUGAACUUAAAAUAUCAUACAAUCUACCAAUACGGAUAGCUUAUACAUAUACGCCGAUGGAACAUCUUACAAAAUGGUUUUGGUCAAUUGACGUCCCAUACACAACAACUGGACUGAACAUGUUCACUGCCGCUGCAGCAUUUUGUGCGGACAUUACUCUAUACGGAUUUUACCCGUUUAAGAUCGACAAUAGAGGGCGUCAAAUUCGUCACCAUUACUUUGAAAAUCUUCAAUUCGACUACAAUUACAACCGAAUCCACAAUUUCCAAAAGGAGUUUAGCUUACUUCAAACGUUGGACAAAAUGAAUGUUUUGCAUUUGAAAACAACGCCAUGUAUAGAGUAUAUAUGACUUGAGUAUACUGGAAAAUAAUAGUACUUCAAUACAAUACUAGAAUAUGCCAGGUCUGUCUGGGAUUUAGCAGAAUUGAGUUUGUCCUGUACUGGGAUAACACUGUCAUAUCAAGGGGUAUUAGAAUAACUACUGCGUCAUAUUACCAAGUUCAAUCGCUUUGUCAGUUUAUUCUGAUCGCAGCGAAAUAGAAUAGGAGGCAACUGAGAGCAUAAAACUGGCGGUUCUUCAGUUGCUUUCUGAGUGUCAAACUUAACAAUAUCUUAGCAACAAUAUCUUAGCAACAAUAUCCAAGGGGCGGGGUUUAGCGGAAAGGCCCAUUACAAGAGUGAUUAUCAAGUUCUACAAUAUUGUACUGUACAUUUUAAUGGCUUUGACUACACCUUUUAGAGCGAGAUUUCUUCUGUACUUAAUAGCAACAUUUUAAUUUAUCCAUUUUGUGUAACAAGGCUUUUUUUCCAGGCCUACUCAAGCAGCCAUGCUGCCAUUUCUGAUGUAAAUCAACUGCAUUGAUAAAUACGAAUUUAGCUAUAUGAUCAUAUCGUAACAAUUGGCCCCUAAUAAUAGUAAUAAUGAUAAUAGAUACCGUAGUAUUUAUUUUUAUUAUGCAGGGCGUUAGUUUGGUUUGUUUUGUUCAUGAUAUGCCAAUGAAACGUUAAAUGCUAUACAUAGAUGUCUUGUGAUUGAUUACCAACUGCGUCCUAACUGAGUCUAAACUACUCAAGGAAGAUUGCACCUCCCUUCUCACUAUCUUCUUAAUCGAACCACGACAUAAUAUGUUGGGUGGGUGCUGGAGAUAUUCUCCAAAAUUACUUUAGAUUAAAUACUCCUUUACCAUCGCUGAUUCGUGAUGGCAUUCAGACCCCUGCAAAUGUGACCCUGUUGUGUGGGCCAAUGAGGAAAACGAUGGGGCAGUGGAUAGGGACGGCUUACCAUAACCUUUGGUGUAGCAUAGCUAAUUGUUACCACCUUAAUAAUGCUUGCUCAUGUAAGCUGUGCGGUAAUUCCGUAAACCUCACCAGGCAGCAUUUACUGGUGUGUCCUUGGGUGACGGUGGAUGUUGGGGUACACAAAAACUUAAGGAUGGUUGAACGCCUACUUUACCAAAUUAAGUAAAUAAAUAAGUAAAUUAGGUGUAAUAAUAAAAUAAAUGAUUAUACAAAAAAGUGAUUAAAUUCCGUUGCAUGUUCCUCAAGAUUUUUUCAUGGUGACUCUGGUUUGCGUGAAAGUUAUGUUUUACCUGUUGGGCCAUGUGGCCGUGUAUUCAAUUUUUGAAUAAAGUGUGCCUAAAUACAAAA